AUGGAGACAAUGAACAUGUCCAAAUUGCAUUUGUCUAGCGCAAGAAGUCAACAUCCUAACGAAAAUAGUCAAAUACAAUCAGAAGUGAAGUAUGAAUCGAAUACAUUCCUGGAUCCAGACGAUGAAUACCAGUGUGAAUAUAAAGAAGAAAUAUGGAAAUAUCUCUUAGAACAGGAAUCAAAGAAACCAAAUAUAUUGCUUCAGUCACCACAGCUGGAGUUCCGUGGUGCACUCGUAAAACAGUUACGCGAGGUGUCCAAGAAAUUGGGCUUGUCAAUAGCUACACUGCACUCGGCUGUCGCUCAUUUGGAUCUCUUUAUGGAUGCACAUAGAUUAAGAUCCGAUCGGCUUACACAUGUUGCAUUAGCUUGCUUGAGUCUUGCAGCGAAAGCGGAUGAAAAGUUUAGUAGAGCACCAACCCUGAAGACACUAUCUAAAGUGAGCAGCGUUCAGCUGUGUGGGAAAACCUUCAGGCAAUUAGAAUGGAUGGUGGGCCAGCACGUAAGAUGGAGGCUCCUUGCCCCUACGCCGGUGGCGUUCGCGUCUUUGCUAGCUCAGUAUGUAGUCGCUGACAGCGACUUAACCACGAGGCAUCCAAAGUUCGUGCGUCGGUUCAGAAGAGACGGAAUGAAAUUACUCGAAGCCUAUCUGGAUUUGACAUUGUCUGAUGUUCGUCUAAAAGUAGUAGAGAGUGUAGAAGUUGGAUGUGCGUGCGUAUCUUGCGCCCGCGCAGAACUCGGUCUCAACGCUUGGCCUGAUUGGCUGGCAGAUAUUACCGGGAGGACCAAGGAAACAGUCGCGCCUGUCGCUCGGUUGCUACAUAGAAUGAUGCAAAUAAAAUCACGAGAAACGACCGAUUCCGAAGUGGAUCAAGGCUAUGGCAGUGCAAGGACAACCCCAAACAUAACGCCAUCCACAUCACCCCAGUACCACAUUUCUUCCCCCGGUACUUCUACAUACUGCCCACCGCAAAUCAACGCCGAGUACCUUAUCCCAAAUAAUACGACUUUACCUUACUAUACUAACUCCAAUCAGAACACAGAAUACAGGCUCUGCAAAGCGAGCAGGCUGAUCGAGGCGAGCAUUGAACCUUCCACUAGUAUGGCUGUGAAACGGAACAUGGAUCAGAGUGAGUUAGAAUUAGAUAGAAAGAGAUAUAGGGUGUCUUUAUCUCAAACUGUUCAAUGA